AUGUGCAGCAAGGCGCCUCGAGGCAUUCCGCAUCCUCAAUCAGAGUAUGCCAAACGCAUCAACAGAUUCGCCGCUGCAAGUCCGAUAUCGGCUAUAGCUCAGAAGAACCUUGUUGCCCUCACCUGGAAGAGUGGCCUCGAUUUGGUCCACGACCCAUUGCCUGAUCUCAACCUUGUCACGAUUGGCCCGAAUGGCGUUCGAAUCUACGAUGGUAUCACGGGCCGGGACCAGUACGUCGUGAAAGGCACAACAGUGCUUCAGGGUACCGUCUCCGACCUGCUGGGCCAGCUGCAAUUCCAAGCGGCGUCGUCCCACGAAUGCCGGCGCAGCUUUUACAAGCUAUUCUUGCGCACGUUUAGUCAUAGCAUCAACUUCCCCCAAGAAGGAGCCUCUGUCGACGCAAACGGAUUCCAAGUGCACUGGUUGGCUCUUCGUGGAGAUGGCGUUCACUCCACUCCGUUCGACAUGGUGAUUGCAUCGUACACCCAACAAUAUGUGUGGGAUCACUCGGAAUGGCGACCAUGGACUCCUCACGAUGGCAGCCAAAGAGCGCAAGAUGCCGGAACCCACGUGUGGGAAUCGAUCGACACCCGAAUGAUGCCACCGUUUCACGAUGCCACCACCACAACUGGUUGCUCUCGCCUGCACAUCCACCGCAGCGGGUUCGUCGUCGAAAAGUGCGUCGACUUGGCCAACUAUUGCGAAGUGUCGUUCAUCUUGCGAUUCAACGAGCACGGGCUCUCUCGUCCGUGGCUCUAUGAGCUGGUCGGUGGCUUUCCCCGUUACUUUCGCCGCGACUUGUUUUCCGACUCUACCGUCGCCGCCACCACUGUCGGCUGUGUGGCCAUGCGACCUGUUCCAACUGCUCACACAAUGUCGAGAUCGACGUUGCCUCGAACGUCGAAGCCUCAAUUGUUGGGCGCGUCCCAAUCCUCGUGUGUCACAAGUGCAGUGUGCACUACCGAGCGAGUCGGCAAGACCACCGUGCCAUAA